AAGGCAGAGGAAAAUUCAAUUUUCUUCUCUCAAAGUAAAAAGACAGAGAAAAACGUUUUGAGCAAAAAUGGCUUUUCAAGACUUUGACAAGAUUCAAGAACGCGUAAAUGCAGAGAGGAAACGUAAAUUCAGGAAGAGAAUCAUCUUUGGAAUUGUCUCUGCGCUUGUUGUUGUUGCUGCCAUUAUUGGAGGUGCUUUUGCUUAUGUUACAUAUGAAAACAAAACUCAAGAACAAGGGAAAACUACAAACAACAAAAGUAAAGAUAGCCCCAACAAAAGCGAGAGUCCGAGCCAGAAACCACCAUCAUCCGCAGCACAAACUGUGAAAGCUGGCCAGGUCGAUAAGAUUGUCCAAACACUUUGCAAUUCCACUCUCUAUAAACCAACGUGCGAGAAUACUCUUAAAAAUCGGACAAACACAGAUACUCCUCUAUCUGAUCCUAGGAGCCUGUUAAAGUCUGCCAUUGUAGCUGUCAAUGACGAUCUAGACAGAGUAUUCAAAAAGGUUUUGAGCCUGAAAACAGAGAACAAAGAUGACAAAGACGCUAUAGCUCAGUGUAAGUUGCUUGUGGAUGAAGCUAAGGAAGAACUUGGCACCUCCAUGAAAAGAAUCAACAACACAGAGGUUAAUAACUUUGCGAAAAUAGUUCCUGAUUUAGACAGUUGGCUAAGCGCAGUCAUGUCUUAUCAAGAAACAUGUGUCGAUGGAUUUGAAGAAGGGAAACUCAAAACGGAGAUACGUAAGAAUUUCAAUUCUUCUCAAGUUUUGACAAGUAAUUCACUCGCGAUGAUAAAAUCUUUAGACGGAUAUAUUACCUCAGUUCCAAAGGUUAAAACGCGACAUCUUCUUGAAGCAAGAUCUUCUGCUAAAGAGACAGAUCAUAUUACGUCUUGGUUAAGCAACAAGGAGAGACGAAUGUUAAAAGCUAUUGAUGUGAAUGCAUUGAAACCUAAUGCUACAGUGGCUAAAGAUGGUAGUGGAAAUUUCACAACCAUUAAAGAUGCACUUAAAGCAAUGCCUGCUAAGUACCAAGGAAGGUACACCAUCUAUAUCAAACAUGGAGUUUAUGAUGAAUCUGUGAUUAUUGACAAGAAGAAACCUAAUGUUACAAUGAUCGGUGAUGGAUCACAGAAGACAAUCGUGACGGGCAACAAAAGCCACGCAAAGAAAAUCCGCACUUUCCUCACAGCAACAUUUGUGGCACAAGGAGAAGGAUUCAUGGCACACUCCAUGGGGUUCAGGAACACGGCUGGGCCAGAGGGACACCAAGCGGUCGCAAUCCGUGUCCAAUCCGACCGUUCUGUUUUCCAAAACUGUAGAUUUGAAGGCUACCAAGACACGUUAUAUGCGUACACUCACCGCCAAUAUUACAGAAGUUGUGUCAUUGUAGGAACAGUCGAUUUCAUCUUCGGUGAUGCCGCCGCCAUAUUCCAGAACUGUGACAUCUUUAUCAGAAAAGGUUUACCGGGGCAGAAGAACACGGUGACGGCUCAAGGAAGAGUGGAUAAGUUUCAGACGACAGGCUUUGUGAUCCACAACUGUACAAUUGCUCCAAACGAAGAUCUUAAACCCGUAAAGGCAGAGUUCAAGAGCUACCUCGGCCGGCCGUGGAAAACACAUUCUCGAACCGUCGUGAUGGAAUCAACGAUCGAGGAUGUGAUCGAUACUGUUGGUUGGUUGAGAUGGCAAGAGACGGAUUUUGCUAUCGACACAUUGUCUUAUGCGGAAUACAAGAAUGAUGGUCCAAGCGGAGCAACCGUUUCUAGGGUUAAAUGGCCUGGAUUUAGGGUUUUAAACAAGGAAGAGGCGAUGAAAUAUACGGUGGGGCCAUUCUUACAAGGGGAAUGGAUCCGUGAGAUGGGGUCUCCGGUAAAGCUUGGCCUUUAUGAUGCUUGAUAAACACGUAAGGUGGUGCCUUUUUUUUUUUUUUUUAAUUGAUGUGGGUAAAGAUGAAAUUGCAUCUUGGAGUACAAGAUAAUAGAACAUAAACUUAGUU